GCGCUGCUGCUUCUCCUCUGUUGGGGGGAGGGGGAGGCGACCAACUAAAAGCAACAGCCGCUCACAGAGGGGGGAAAACAGUAGUGAAAUAUCCUUAACACUUUAUCCGUCAAUCAGGCUUAAUGGGGUAUAAAAACUCCCCUGCUCCGAGACUGUGAAAGAGGAGAGAAAGAAGCAGCAAUCAAUUCAGGGGAUGAAUAGGAGCCAAAGGAAAACUGGAUCUUGAAUGUGCAGACUCAGGACUUAUACAGAGGCACAAGGUUACAAAAUGACCAUUUCUAUGCCACAGUCCAUAUAAAGUCCUGACAGCAGCCUCUCCUAUAGUUGUAAUAGCGCUGGGUUUCAGUUUCUAGGCACAGCAGGUUUUUAUUUUGCACCUUGUGUAUUGGAGUUUAUUUGCACUGGGCUGACGAUAUUUUGUAACAAGAGUGAAUGAACUCUGCUCUAUAUAAGGAACACAGUGCAGUAUAAAAGUUAAAGUAGGUUACAGGUAUCAGCAUGGAUUGGAAGUCCCUGUGCAAGUUGCUGCUGCUACCUCUGCAAAUGAUCUACUAUGUGCUCAAAGCCGCCGUGUGUCAGGUCUUGCCCAGCAAGCUGAGAGACUUGAGGGGGGAUACCGUCCUUAUUACCGGAGGGGGCAGGGGUAUCGGAAGAAACCUGGCCAAGGAGUUUGCCAAACAGGGAGCCAAGAAGAUUAUUUUAUGGGGUCGAACAGAGAAAUGUCUCAAAGAAACUACUGAAGAAAUAAGACAGCUUGGCACAGAAUGUUAUUAUUUCAUAUGUGAUGUUGGUAAUCGAGAGGAAGUUUACCAGCAGGCAAAAGCAGUACGAGAAAAGGUUGGUGAUGUUACCAUUUUGGUUAACAAUGCAGCAGUGGUGCAUGGGAAAAGCCUAAUGGAGAGUGAUGACGAUGCGCUCUUGAAAUCCCAGCACAUAAACACACUAGGACAAUUUUGGACUACCAAAGCCUUCCUACCACGAAUGCUGGAACUACAGAAUGGCCACAUUGUUUGCAUAAACUCAGUUCUUGCUUUAUCAGCAAUUCCUGGUGCCAUUGACUACUGCACUUCCAAAUCCUCUUCAUUUGCAUUUAUGGAAAGCUUGACCUUGGGACUCUUGGAUUGCCCAGGAGUUAAUGCAACAACAGUAUUACCAUUUCAUACCAACACUGACAUGUUUCAAGGAAUGAGAAUCAGGUUUCCAAACCUUUUUCCACCUUUAAAACCAGAAACAGUAGCUAGAAGGACAGUAGAAGCGGUUCAGAAGAACCAUGCACUCCUUCUGCUCCCAUGGACAAUGCAUGCACUUGUUGUUAUGAAAAGCAUACUUCCACAAUCAGCACUUGAGAAAAUCCACAGAUUUUCAGGGUCUUAUACAUGCAUGAAUACUUUCAAAGGAAGAACAUAA